AGGCCUUUUUAAUCUCGCUUUGGGUUGCAUCUUGUUUGACACCAAGAACCUUGUAUGCAUCGUCCCCAUCCUCCAUUGUCUCUGCCUGUGCCUACCACCUUUUUUUGCGUCGCGGAAAAAUGACUGCCUCCGGGCUCCGUUGCUGGCUACAGACUGACCUCGAAGAUGAAGGACAACAAAAAGUGAGUCUCGCUCGCUUUCCUUAAAACGUCUCCCGUUUCAGCACUGGGUUCUUAGGGGAUACCGAUUUCUUGGAUUACCAGGGAUCCAUGCAAUAAACACCUACAACUUACAAUCCUUCUGUCACAGAUAUCGGCAAUUGCCCAAACGAUUAUUCUUUGCGACACGGGACGAGUCGUACCGAUAUGCGGUAUUGUUACCCAUGAAGUAAGAGUACUGGGAAUUGGUCAAAAGCUCGAAUUUAAUUUGAAAAUUGGAGCGAGCUUUUUCUACCGAAUUUCUUAGAAUUCAAAUAUACACUAAGGUUAGAGUUUUAACUAUCGAYUCUUGACGCAAUCUUUGACUUUGUCAUUGACUUGGCCUUUGACACCCCUGUUCGUAUUCGAAGUUCGUACGUGCCGUAGAACUUACCUGCUCCUACGAGGAGGUACGAUACGAGUUACCUAACGGCAUGUCCAGUACAAAAAGUUGCAACUUGGUGUCAUCCGAUGUUAUGAAGACGAUGCAAGCGAUGGCGGAUCCUCGUAGUACGAACAUCUGGCAUUCAACUUGGAUACUCAGCUUCAGUAGGAGCACAGCGCCAUAUCUUUUGUCGAUGCCAUAGGACAUAGUGCAGAAUUGGUUUCAUCAGCAAAAUUGAAAUACGAAGGUUGACACAGACUGUUGGUUUGUUUCGAAUUUCAAUCCAUUGCAGAAAAAAGGCCAUUCAGUGCUUCUACUAGAAUCCCUAUUCAAGGUUGCCGCCCAACGCGUCAUUGAUAAUUGCAAUUCGAGAUGAUUGGAGCAACACGAGCUAUCACCGAACGAAGUGCUUGCAUUCUGUUGCCGCUAUUGAUCGUCUUUCUCUCGGUAUCUCGCUCUUCUGCAGGAAGAUUCGUGUCGAGCGGUCCGAACCUUGUCAUCACCCUGAAGGAUCCCACCGAGACUUAUUCGAGCGGCCCCGUGAACGAUAAUAAUGUAGAUUCGGACGAACCGGUGCAGAAAAACCCAUGGUUCGACUUGGGAAAAUUGCGUCCCACCAUCAUGUGGUCGCUUCAGAGCAAAGGAAAGCCUCUUCCGAACUGGGUUCCGAGUUGGCACUCCCUCCGAACUACGGUCGGAUACCAAUACGAAUCGAUGAAACGAUUGCCUUCUGUUGUCGAAGCGGAUCUCAAAUUCUCGUCGGAAAAAACCGGGAUCGAUCUACAGGUGCAGCCAACGUAUGAAUUUGGAUCGCAACAAACCGCGGUGUCGAUUCGGGCAUCGCGGGGACCUGCCGCCUAUUUGAUGGCAAAGAUUGCCACGAAACGUGAUCGAUGGCUGCAAAUGGUGAAGGGUUGUUACCAAGCAAGCCUGCCCUACGCAUCGGUGAGCGCCGUUCGGGUUACGCCCAGCGUAGACCUGGUGCAAGGACAGGCAUCGUGCUUGGUGGAGGCAACUACCGGAUCGCAACGUACGAAAGCAGUCUUGAACUUGGAGUACGACAAUCCAACUCUCACGGUUGUCCAUGCCUUGAACGAACGGUACGAAUUCAUUACGUCCUUUUCUUUACACUUGAUAUUAGGAAUCGGCGUUUCGUUUGACUGUGCGUAGAAUGAUUUCUUCUUAUUUAUCUUACAACUUUCCAUUGUUGACUCUAAACGUUUGUCUCCUUUCGCGAUGAACACGACUACUAGAAACACGAUUGCUCCMGAAAUCUCAUUGUACGAUGCCACAAUCCUCUACCAAUGGAACCUUGCCUUGGACAGUGGAACAAUUCGAACCAAGGUCGAUCCCACUUCUGACGUUAGAGUCACUUGGACCGAUCGUUCGAUGAAUGGAAAGUGGAUUACAGAUGUACGAAUGCCUCUUUCUGGCACUACUCUCUCGGCAAUGGCAGCCGACGUACGCGUGCGACGGCAGUUUACAUUCUGAAUGAGACAGGUGCAAGCAGGGAGAAUCGAGAGAUUUUAAAUUUGAAUAUUUGGAUCGCAAUCUAUUCGCUGCGAACUUUGUGUUCCUCAAUGGUUUCAUGGCUCACGUUGAAGGACUCUGUACCGAGAAGCGCAAAGCUCAAAAACUCAGUCAUUCUUGAAUCAUUCCAGAAGAAGACGAUAUAUGCAGUAUGACUGAUAAAACUCAGUCGAUUUUUAAGGACUAACGUCUAGACCCUUCUCUUGCAGUGAUUUCAAUCUAGGUUCCGGUGGAACUUUCCCAAUACAAGCUCUUGUGGCUCUUCCUGCUAUGAAAACCUGACAUGUAGCACAAUCUCCUCUAUUUUAUUAGUGGCGUCCGUAGAAUGUGAUUUAGGCAUUGGGAUUACAAUGACAAAUAAAAUUAGAGAGAAAGU